CCAAACAGGAGCCCAAGAUGCCUUCCGCCUCCCCCGACAUCCCUAAUUGCGGCGGCCUCCCCGCCGCCGUCUCCGCCUUCGCCGACGCAUUCGUCGACUUCGCCGUCUCCGGCAUCUUCUUCCCCACCAACCCACCUCCUCCUCUGCCCGCCACCCCCACCCCCGCCGCCACCUUCCUCCCCGCCCCCUCCCGCCUCGUCGCCAUCGGCGACCUCCACGGCGACCUCCCCAAGUCGCUCGCCGCCCUCCGCCUCGCCGGCCUCUUGCCCCCCGACUCCAGCCCCACCUCCACCUCCUGGUCCGCCGGCCCCACGCUCGCCGUCCAGCUCGGCGACAUCCUGGAUCGAGGCGGCGACGAGCUCCGCCUCCUCUACUUCCUCCGCCGCCUCAGCAUCUCCGCCGCCGCGCAGGGCGGCGCGUUCCUCCCGAUCCUCGGCAACCACGAGGUCAUGAACGUGUGCGGCGACUUCCGCUUCGUCACGCCGCAGGGCCUGCAGGAGUUCUCGUCCUGGGCCGGCUGGUACCGCGCCGGCCUCGCCAUCAAGCGCCGCUGCGGCGACCUCGAGCCGCCCAAGAACCCCUUCCUCGGCGUCCCCAAGGCCUACCCUGGCAUCAGGCGGGAGUUUUGGGACGGCAUCCGCUCCCGCGUCGCCGCGCUCCGCCCCGACGGCCCCAUCGCGCGGAGGUUCCUGGCCGACCUCCCCACCGUCCUCGUCGUCGGCGACUCGGUGUUCGUCCACGGCGGCCUCCUCGAGGCCAAUGUCGAGUAUGGGCUGGAGCGGAUCAAUGCCGAGGUCAGCGACUGGAUCCGGGGUCAGCAAGGCGACAAUGCCAGGGCGCCAGAGUCUGUGUGCGGCCGAGAUGCGGUGGUCUGGCUCAGGAGGUUCUCCGAAGGCUUCAACUGUGACUGCGAGAGGCUUAAGGGCGUCCUUGGGAUGAUCCCUGGGGCAAAGCGGAUGGUGAUGGGGCACACGAUACAGAGCGAGGGGAUCACCGCGGUUUGCGGGGCACAGGCCGUCAGGGUCGAUGUUGGUUUGUCCAAGGGAUGUGGCAAUGGGCUGCCCGAGGUGCUUGAAAUCAAUGGCGCUGGAUCACAGGUGAGGGUGAUCACAACAGAUCCAGCUGAGGCCUGGAAGUACAGGAAGCAGAAGGCUGCCGCGGCACUGGAGAAGAAAGGGGAGGUAAAGGAUGGACUUGCAUUGUUGGUCAGGGAGAGCCAUGGGUUGAAAGGCGUAGAAGCUAAGGCUUAAUUUAGAGGUAGGAUAUCCAUUAUUUUGGCAAGUGUCAAUCCAAUUGGAUUGCCAUGCCCAACUAGGGGUAGCUCUGGCUAGAGAUGGGACGCAUGGUGUUGAAGGAAUAUUGGUUGAUUCAGUAAUGGUUAUCCGAUGAUGAAAUGAAACAACCUUGAUUUAUCAA